CCUUAAUAUUUUGUUUUGUUUAAACUGCGGCUAAAAUAAACCAAUGCGUGUCCAUCAUAGCGGAAAGUUUUUACUUCAUUGCACUCCUAUUAUAUUUCCAUUGGCUUUUAAACUUUAAAACUUUAUCAGGUGUCUAGCAUUUAAGUGUUUUAAAUGCAUAUGUCAAUUCUAACUUCCAAGGAUAUAUUAAUUAAAUUUGUCGGUGCAACGAAUAAGUAGAAAAUAAUUGUUUUGUGUGUAUAAUUUCAAAUUAUUAAGUACGAUGCCGACUAUUAAAGUGACACCAUUAGGAGCUGGUCAGGAUGUGGGACGCAGUUGUCUGCUAUUAUCAAUGGGUGGCAAAAACAUCAUGCUUGAUUGCGGCAUGCACAUGGGUUACAAUGAUGAACGUCGUUUUCCCGAUUUUUCAUAUAUCGUACCAGAAGGUCCAAUAACGAGUCACAUUGAUUGUGUGAUUAUUUCUCAUUUUCAUUUGGAUCAUUGCGGUGCCUUGCCAUACAUGUCUGAGAUGGUGGGCUAUUCCGGUCCUAUUUAUAUGACGCAUCCAACUAAAGCUAUUGCACCCAUAUUAUUAGAGGAUAUGCGUAAGGUGGCGGUAGAGCGUAAAGGCGAGUCCAAUUUCUUCACUACACAAAUGAUAAAAGAUUGCAUGAAAAAAGUCACCGCUGUCACAUUGCAUCAAAGUGUCAUGGUGGACAACGAGUUGGAGAUUAAAGCCUACUAUGCCGGUCACGUGCUGGGCGCCGCAAUGUUUUGGUUACGCGUCGGUUCGCAAUCGGUUGUGUAUACGGGCGACUACAAUAUGACACCUGAUCGGCAUUUAGGUGCUGCCUGGAUUGACAAAUGCCGGCCGGACUUGUUAAUUUCUGAAAGUACAUAUGCAACAACUAUACGUGAUUCGAAACGUUGUCGAGAGCGGGAUUUCCUCAAGAAAGUGCAUGAAUGUGUAGCUAAAGGAGGAAAAGUCCUGAUACCGGUAUUCGCUUUGGGACGUGCGCAGGAGCUGUGCAUUUUAUUGGAAACAUAUUGGGAACGUAUGAAUUUGAAAUUCCCCAUAUAUUUUGCGCUGGGUUUGACCGAGAAAGCGAAUACGUAUUAUAAAAUGUUCAUUACAUGGACAAACCAAAAGAUACGUAAAACAUUUGUGCAACGCAAUAUGUUCGACUUCAAGCAUAUUAAGCCCUUUGAUAAGGCGUAUAUUGAUAAUCCAGGCGCUAUGGUCGUAUUUGCUACGCCGGGUAUGUUGCAUGCCGGUUUGUCAUUGCAGAUCUUUAAGAAAUGGGCACCGAAUGAAAAUAAUAUGGUUAUCAUGCCUGGCUAUUGUGUGCAGGGCACAGUAGGUAAUAAAAUUCUGGGCGGUGCGAAAAAAGUGGAAUUCGAAAAUCGACAAGUGGUGGAGGUGAAAAUGUCUGUGGAGUAUUUAAGUUUCUCCGCACAUGCUGAUGCAAAAGGUAUUAUGCAACUAAUACAGAAUUGUGAACCGAAAAAUGUGAUGCUGGUGCAUGGUGAGGCUGAGAAAAUGCAAUUUUUACGCACCAAAAUAAUGGAGGAGUUCAACAUUGAAACUUAUAUGCCGGCAAAUGGCGAGACUUCCGUUAUUUCUACACCGGUGAAAAUUUCCGUAGAUGCAUCCGUAUCAUUGCUCAAGGCAGAAGCCCGCGUAUACAAUGCACAACCGCCAGAUCCGAAACGGCGUCGCCUCAUACACGGUGUACUUGUUAUGAAAGACAAUCGUAUUAUGUUGCAGAAUCUAACGGACACACUAAAAGAAUUCGGUAUUAAUCGGCAUGUAAUGCGCUUUACGUCAAAGGUUAAAAUGGACGAUCCUGGUCCACGUUUGCGUACGGGUGAAAAACUUUUCGCGCUGCUACAAGAGAAACUAGUUGGCUGGACUGUUAGCAUGCAGGAGAGUUGCACGAUUUGUGUGGAAACUGUUGAGAUCAAAGUUGAGGAGGAUGAAAAAGACCCGAAACACAAAACCAUACUUAUAACAUGGACCAAUCAGGAUGAAGAUAUCGGCGCUUACAUAUUGAAUUUGCUACAAAAUAUGUGUUGAAAAUAUUUUUAAUUUUGUGCUCUUUCUUUAGCUAUUAAUUAUCUUUCCUAGUUAUUUUUGAGAAAAUACAAAAUUUCUAAUAAAAUAUA